AUGCUGAGUCAGCGCGUAACGUCACCUCUGGGGUCAUUCCAGAAAACGGCACAGCUAAGCUCCGCGGAGCUCUCGCCUGUCACCUCAACACUCAUCAUACUCACCAUGAGCUCCGACAACGCCUCGCCGCGGGCAGACCAGAAAUACAACAACGACUCCUCAGAUGGCUCCCUCCGAGCCCUCCCUGGCCACAACCCCGCGAUCGCGAAAUAUAACAAGGUCCACUUCCGACAAGAGUCAAUUGUGAAGCCUGAUCUUUUCACAUUGUACUUUGGAUUUUUCGGCACAGCAGCCUGGACGAAAAAGGUUGCGAGCACAGUGAACGAGCGAGUGGAGAACCAUUACGUGCUAACAGCACGAUCCCCGACCCAAGAUGAAUUCGAUGCAAUUGUUGAGCACGGAACGCGACGCCUGUACUACGCGCGCACAGGUUUACCCGUAAGCUCAUUCCUCGGAACAGCAUUUCUCUACCGCCAAGCACGCAAGUCACCAAUGUUCCCGCGCAAUCCCACGCCCGCGGCGCUGUUUAACACGGUGCGUACCAUGUUCACCGAGCCCAGCCUCAGAGGCAACAUCGGAUCAGCCGCAUUCAAAAUGCUCUUCAUCGUAUCUCUUGGUAGCAUGGCUUCGACCGCUUACGCUGUCACCAAAGAUGCCAUGAACAUGUUGACGGACCCGCGACUGAAGGGGUUCCUCGAGGACAUGCGCAAGACGAAGCCCGAGGACGUGCGCAAGCGCAAGAUGCAGGCCGCUCGCGAGCGCGUAUUGAGUAUGCGCAGUGGUGAGCAAGAUGUCGGCUCCCAGAUGACCGGCACGCCUGCUGGAUACGCGGGCGGCGACGGGUACCAACAGGAGCUGCCGUCUUACGAUGCCCCCGCGCAGCCAAAUUCUUACUCUGAAUACGUGAGCUCUAAUGAUACGAACGGGAAAUCUCAGUCUGCUUCAUAUGAGCCGUCUACAUCGGAUUCGAACGGUGGUGCAGUCUGGGCACGCGGCAGGAGCACUCAACCCGAGUCAAAAUCGGCUUUGGAUCUCAUGGAUGAGGACGAUGCUAGCCCUACAGCUGCGGAAUACCGGAAUACAAACAUUUAUGGAUCAGCAACUGGCGGUGCUUGGGACCGGAUCAGACGGCAGAAUGCUGGAGCACGUCCCCAGCCUCGACAGCAGCCCGGCAUGUCACAGCCUCCAGUGAACCCUUACUCUUUCUCUGCUGAGUUUGGCCAGAGUGAUCAAGAAAAGUAUGACUCUACUCAGAAGACUGAGAGGGAUCAAGCACAGGCAGAGUUUGAUCGGAUGAUUGAGGCGGAGAGGAACAUUGGCAGUGAACGCUCACCUAGAAACCGAGGCUGGGGAUCUUGA